UAAACGGGGAAAUUAGACGUAAAUUCGCGAGGUGUGGUGUGUUGUGGUGAUUGUCUUCGUGUCAAAUGUUCAAUAAAUGUCUACUAAACCAAUAAAAAUGCCGUCGGCAACAAAAGAGAAGGAUUCUACGAUCCUCAAGAUCGCCGUGGAGAUGCUCAAUGCUCCCGACAAGGUACCACAGUUGAUGGAAUUCGAUCAAAGCCAGCCCUUAUCGAGCAUCAUACAACUUCUUUGCAAGCCUUGGGGUCUCCCCGACCCUGAGAAUUACGCUCUACAAUUUUCCGAAAGCAACAACCAGAAUUAUAUAACGGAGAAAAAUCGCAAUGAAAUAAAGAACGGAUCUGUUUUACGUUUGGAAUUGUCGGCUGCCAAAACUGUCCAGGAUAUCCUGGGAAAGAUAAACAAUGCCUCGGAGGUCGAUCAAAUUGCUGCCCUCACUAAGUUGUCCGUAUUAAGCAGUGAUCUCACCUUCGCACUUGAAUUUAUUAACAAAAAAGGUUUGACACUAAUCAUAAACAAUAUAGAAAAUGGUAAGUUCAAGGGUAAAUCGCUCAAAUACGCUCUCGUCACUUUUGUGGAACUGAUGGACCAUGGAGUUAUAUUCUGGGACAUACUUGAAAAUCAAUUUAUCAACAAAGUUGCUAGUUUUGUUAGUAACCAAGCUAAUACUCAAGAUUCUAAAGUGAUUCAGUGUUGUUUAUCAAUACUUGAGAACAUUGUACUUAAUAGUUCAAAGAAUUCACAUGUAGAGAAAGAGAUUACCAUUCCAAGCCUGAUCUCACAUUUACAGAACACUCACCAAGACAGUAUUAUCCAGCAGAAUGCUAUAGCUCUUAUAAAUGCAAUAUUUUCUAAAGCUGACAUGACAAAGAGAAAAACUAUUGCAGCUACAUUAUCUUCGAAGCAGGUUAGGUCUGUAAUUUAUGAGAACCUCAUUGGUGCCAGUGAGUUUUCUAAGAAUGCUUCAGAACAGGGUCUGGGUACUGAACUGGCUCACCAACUCUAUGUUCUACAAACACUUAUGCUUGGUCUACUAGAACCUAAAAUGAGACAGCGAGCUGAUGCCCAAGAAAAGGAAUCCCAGGAAAAGAUCAAUGAACUUAGGAAAGUUGCUUUUGAAAAUGAUAACAACCCUAACAUUGAGGUCACCAUGAGACGUCCACUUGGGAGUUACUCGAAAGACAAAAAGCUUGGGUUCAAAUGCGAGAUUGAUCCGAUAAAAGAUUUUAAUGAAGUGCCACCUGGAGUGUUAGCAUUGGACUGUAUGCUGUACUUUGCAAGGAACUACUCAGAAGAAUACACAAAAAUUGUGUUGGAAAAUAGCUGUAGAGCUGAUGAACAUGAAUGUCCCUUCGGCAAGACAAGUGUGGAAUUGGUCAAGUUACUCUGUGACAUUCUACAUGUAGGGGAUCCACCUAGUGAACAAGGGCAAACUUAUCACCCUCUAUUCUUCACUCAUGACAGACCUUUUGAAGAACUGUUUUGCAUUUGCAUAGUUCUUCUAAAUAAGACUUGGAAAGAAAUGAGAGCUACUGCGGAAGAUUUUAUUAAAGUUUCCAGUGUAGUCAGGGAGCAAAUAAGCAGGGCACUAUCAUCGUCUCCCAAAGGGUUUGACAAGUUUAGACAAAAGAUAAACCAACUGACAUACACUGAAAUUACUCAGCUAUGGCAGCAGGAGAGAAAUAACAGGGAAGUAUGGGAGUCCCACGCAAGACCCAUUGUUGAACUAAAAGAGAAAAUAACCCCUGAAAUUAUUGAUCUCAUCCAACAGCAAAGAUUAGGGGUCUUAGUUGGAGGAACAAGGUUCAAAAAGUAUUCAGCCAGAGGUCAAAGGAUCAAAGACAAGUUUUGGUUUGUUCGGCUAUCUCCGAACCACAAAGUAUUGCAUUAUGGAGACUGUGAUGAAAAAAGUACUCCAAGUUUAGAGGAACUUGGUAACAAAUUACCAGUGACUGAUAUGAAGUGUGUUAUAACUGGCAAAGACUGUCCACAUAUGAAGGAUUUAAGGGGACGGAAGAUAACGCCCCAUUUAGCAUUCUCUCUGAUCAUCAAGUCUGCUGAAGUUACUUCUUUAGACUUUGUCGCACCUGAUGAUCAGAUAUUCGACUACUGGACGGAUGGUAUAAAUGCGCUUCUGAAGGAGAAAAUGUCGAGCAAGUCGUUCGAAAAUGACCUGGAAACCCUACUGUCGAUGGACAUAAAAGUUCGAUUACUUGACGCUGAAGGCAUUGACAUACCUAAGGACCCUCCCCAAAUACCUGAUGAGCCGGAAGAUUAUGAAUUUUAUUACGAUAACAAUUAAGUAGGACCUUGUUUUAUUGGUUUUCAAGCUUCUAAGAGAAUUAAGAUACUAUUUGCAGUAUCCAUUUAGCAAAAAUUAUAAUGACUUAAUUAAGAAUUAUUCUCUUUUUAGACCAUAAAGAACAAUGCAUUAUUUUAAAAUUUAUACGCCUAAUCUUCCAGACUUGUAUUGUUACAGGGGCCCGAUUCUCCUAAGUUAAUAAUGUCAAAAUCGAAUAGAAAUCGAAUCGCAAUAUGAUCGCAAUAGCAGUUUUAACCAUAUCGGGCAUUCUGCUACUAAAAAAAGACCAAUCGUA